UGCUUUGUUGUCCGACUGAUUGCACUCUGGAGUGGUAUCUUCUUCUUUCUCUUAUUCUCACCAUUGGUUGAAUUCUUCAAAUCUACUAAAGCCUUUAAUGUAAUGGAACUUGAUUUCAGGGUAGUAUUUGCAUUGGUUUAAGUGAAGUGAUGGCAAGUGCUGGGAAGAGCCAGUUGCUGAGUUUCAUGGACAAGCUUAUCCCUACCAUUCGGACAGCACUUUGUGAUAGCAUAACCUGAGGUUCGUGAAUCAGCAGGGUUGGCAUUCAGCUCUCUCUACAAGACUGCUGGAAUGCAAGCAAUUGAUGAGAUUGUUCCGACACUUCUGCACGCUCUUGAUGACGAUCAAAUCUCUGAUACUGCUCUGGAUGGUUUGAAACAGAUUUUAAGGUUGAAAACCGUUUGCAGUGUAUUUUCUUUGGGAGCUUUAGCAGAGGUUGCUGGACCUGCUUUACCCACUGCAAUGGGCUAUACUGAUAUGGAGGUUCAAAGUCUCGCCAAGAAAGCAGCAGAAACUGUUGUCACUGUAAUUGAUGAGGAAGGUAUCGAGUUUUUGCUGUCGGAGGUUCUUAAAGGAGUUGGAGAUAUUCAGGAUUUAAUCAGACAAAGUUCUGCAUACUUAGAGUGA